AUGAAAGUUGCUCAAGACUCUUCCCACAAGGACAGGCAGGUGCUCCCCACCACCAUCCUUCUCCGCAAGUCCCAGAGCAGCCAGGCUGCACUGGUGCCCAAGGAGCACAAGAUGUUCAUGGAGGAAGCCUACAAUGCGGCCAUCUGCUUCAAGAUGCUCCGGGACCUGAAUGGGCCAGAGCCCCUCCGCCUGAAGUACGUCAUCAAGAAGAUCAAGAACAUGGCUAGCAGGUCCCCUAACCUGGUGCUGGAAACCAUCCAUGACUACUUUGUAGACAACCCAGAGAUCUCCACCCGGCACAAGUUCCGGUUGCUCCAGGUCUUGGAGAGUGCCAUUGGAGCCAGUGACUUCCUGGAAGAGGUCUGGGAGAAAGCCUUCAUGCAGCUGGCCCUGGAGAACAUGAUCAAGACUACGGAGCUGGAGGACGUGUACCAGGACGCGGCCAGCAACGUGCUGGUGGCCAUCUGUAAGCACUCGUGGCGGGCGGUGGCCCAGCACCUGGAGACUGAGGUCCUGACAGGUGUCUUCCCGCACCGCAGCCUCCUCUACGUGAUGAGCGCCCUGUCCUCCAAGGAGGAGCUCUUCAACCAGGGAGAGAAGGCCUGCUGGGAGGAGCAGUUGGCCCAGAUGGCUGUCAAGUCGGUCCAGUUCCUGAAUGCAGAUGUGUGGUCCAAGGAGCUGCUGUGGGCACUCACCAAGCCUGACCAGAUGCACCAUGAGCAGCCCCCAGAGAAGGCCUUCCUGUUCACCUACUAUGGGAUGAUCCUCCAAGCCGCAGAGGACAGCACCAUGGUCAGGACGCAUCUGAAAGCCCUGCUGGAGACGUCCCACCAGUGGCCCAAGCAGAGGGAGGGCAUUGCCAUCACCGUGGGGCUGGCUGCAGCCCGCCACCUGGACGACGUUUGGGCUGUCCUGGACCAGUUUGGCCGGAGCGGGCCCAUCAAGUGGAGCCUCCACAGCUUCUCUCCAAAGAGUUGCGAGGACCUGCGCUGGAAGUGGGCGAGCAGCACCCUGCUCCUGGCCUACGGGCAGGUGGCAGCCAAGGCCAAGCAGCACAUCCUGCCCUGGGUGGACAACAUCCUGUCGCGGAUGAUCUUCUACUUCCACUACAGCUCCUGGGAUGACACCCUAAAGCAGAGUUUCCUCACCGCCGUCCUCCUGCUGGUGGAAGCCGUCACACGCGACGAGGGCGCCCACAGCUACAAGUUCUCCCAGACCUCCGAGCUCCUGGACUGCCUGACCGUUUUGAUGGAGAAGGAGCCCCCGGACUCACUGUGCACGUCAGUUCGCCAGCAGACCAUCCACAUCAUCUCCAGCCUCUGUAAGCUGAGGCCGCCCCUGGACUUGGAGAAGAAAUCGCGGGUCCUCUCCGUCUGCUUCCGCAGCGUUUUUGCCCUGCCCUUGCUGGAGGUCCUGGAGAAGCACACCUGCCUCUUUCUGGAGCCGCCUGACAUACAGGUGCAGGCCCCAGCACCCGCCUGCAUGCAAGGAGGUAACAGGGCCGAGGAGGUUGCACUACAUCUAGGGGAUGACUGGCCCCUGGUCGGCAGGUCCUUGAAUGACGCGCCACGUGGCAAUGCUGGCAGGCGCCUGACGGCCGGCACCUCUGUGCAGACCCUGUACGACAGGACGGCAGAGGCCCUGGACCAGCUGCUGCAGAGCUUCGUCACGCAGAGCCCCACCACCGAGGAGCUGCACAUCCUGCUGUCGCACAUGUACAUCUGGCUGGCAUCAGAGAAAGCGCACGAGCGGCAGCGGGCUGUGCACAGCUGCCUGACCCUCCUUAAAUUCCUGAACCACAACAUCUACGUGGACCUGCAAGAGAAGUUCAAACGGAUUGGGCAGCUGGUGGGCAUGCUGGGUAUUCUGUGCCAGGACCCCGACAGGGCCACCCAGCGCUCCAGCCUGGAAGGGAUGGGCCACCUCUACCAGCUCCUGAUGCGCCAGAAAGGUGGGGAAGUUUCACAGGUAGAAGCAAGGACCCUCAAGCUGCCCCCCCAGCCAGGUGUGGAUGGAGCCCCGCUCUGCAGCAGUGGAGACCAGAAGGCCCCUCCCACAGGGUCCCCCCAGGACCCCAUCUUCCAGCUCAGCAGCAGCCAAAUCAUCAAGGAGGUCCUGAAGCACCUCACCAUGCUGGAACUGACUGAUCUUAUCUGGACGGCCAUCGACGGCCUGGGCUCCAGCAGCCCCUUCCGUGUGCAGGCGGCCGCCGAGAUGCUACUCAUGGUCAUCGAGAGCCACGGAGCCGAGCUGCAGACUGUUGCCAACAUGGGCCGAGCCAUCCACCUCCAGCUUUGCUCUGUCCGCAUCCCCCAAGCGAAGGAAAAUGCCCUGCAAGCCAUCACCCUGCUGGCCCGGAACCACACCCCUGAGCUGGUGGCUGCCUUCCUGGACGUCUCCAUACCCCUGGACAGCCACGCCUUCCGGCUGUGGAGGGCCCUGGGAGCCGAGCAGCCCGUGAGCCGCCUGGUACUCGCAGUGCUGCUGGCUUGGCUGCAGGAGCGGCCCCUGCCCACCGAGGCUGGAGACAGCAGCCCCCACCCCAAGGAGAAGACCUACCUGCGCUCGCUGGCCGCCAUGAACACGCUGCAAGAGCUGCAGUUUGCCCGAGAGUUCAAGGCGGCCAUGCAGGAAGCCUACCCAAAGCUCUUCCUGGCCCUGCUCACCCAGAUGCACUACAUCCUGGAGCUGAACCUGCCUACGGAGCCACAGCCUGCCCAGCAAGCCCAGAAGGCCCAGGAGGCAGCCACGCCCAGCCCCCAGAGUUGCAGCACGUCACUGGAGGCGCUGAAGAGCCUCCUGUCCACCAAGGGGCACUGGCGGGACUUCGCCUACCUGGAGCUGCAGGGCACCUGGGAGCUCUUUGCCACCAUCCACACCUACUCACAGGGCGUGAGCCUCCUGGCCAGGGCCAUGGUGAAGAACCACUGUAAGCAGGUCAAGACUGUGCUAGGCCAGCUGCUGCCCCGCCUGCAGAGCCAGGAUGAGCGGGAGAGGAAGGUGGCCAUCCUCAUCCUCACAGAGUUCCUCUACAGCCCUGCCCUGCUGGAGGUGCUUUCCAAACAGGCUGCCCUGACCGUGCUGGCCCGAGGCCUCAGGGACCCCAGCCCCGACGUCCGCAUGCUGAGCCUGCAGGGCCUGGGAAACAUCCUCUUCCACCCAGAGAAGGGGACCCUGCUCCGCGGGCAGCUGCCGCGCUUCCUCGAGGGCUUCUUCCAGGACAGCGAGCCGGUGGUCGUGCGCGUCAUGGGCGCCGUGUCCGACGUGCUGCGCCGCCUGGGAGCGCACGGCGCGGGCGCGCAGAGCCUCGGCGUCGCCAUCAACGCCCGCUCCUUCUUCGACGACGAGCGGGACGGGAUCCGAGCGGCCGCCAUGGCCCUGUUCGGAGACCUGGUGGCCACCGUGGAGGGCAGGGAGCCAGGCGGCCUGCGGACCCAGGUGCUCCAGAGCAUGAUGGCCCUGCUCCUGCACCAGAAGGACCACUGCCCAGCUGUCGUCACGCAGGCCAAGUUCGCCUUCUACCGCUGCGCCGUGCUGCUGCGGUGGCGGCUGCAGCACACCCUCUUCUGCACGCUGGCCUGGGAGAGGGGCCUCAGCGCUCGCCACUUCCUCUGGACCUGCCUGAUGACCCACAGCCAGGAGGAGUUCAGCAUCCACCUGGCGCAGGCCCUCAGCUACCUGCACAGCCGCCGCCACCACAUCAAGACCUGGGCCGCACUCUUCAUAGGUUACACCAUCUGCUAUCACCCCCAGGCCGUGUCCCAGGUGGUGAACGAUGUUGACACAAAUCUGCUCUUCUGUACUUUCGAAGACCUCAAAAAAGACCCGGAGCCUGGCGUCCGGGAAUUCGCCACCAGGCAGUUCUCCUUCCUACAGGAAGUGGUGACCAGACCCAAGCAGUGACUUCCAGUGUCAUCCCCUCACCCUCCUCCUCCCCACGCCAUCCCUUGGUCAGCCCCACCCUGUCCACAGAGAGCUUGGUUGCCUCACAUUUUUCCAUUUGAAAGAAAGUUCUAGAAAGUCUAGGUUCAACAAAGAAGCGUCACACCUGUUGGCUCCCUGCCCCUCCCUCUCAUGGGCCCCACUCCGCUGUGACCAAACCAAGUCCCUGGAGGCAGUGAGCAGGACUCAGGGACAGGCCCAGGCCCAGGGGUCAGAGG